AUGGAAGUAGAAAUUAUUUCCAAAGAGAAAAUUAAACCAUCGUGCCCAACACCCUCUCACCUGAGAAUUUUUAAGCUUUCACUUCUGGACCAGCUCAUACCAGCUCCCUAUGCUCCCGUAAUCCUCUUUUAUCAUCCUCCUAUAAAUGAAAAUGACGAUGAUAAUAUUCAUAGCAGGUUACAUUUGCUAAAGACCUCUUUGGCAGAAACCUUAACUGGGUUUUACCCACUUGCUGGGGAGAUCAAAGAUGACCUGUCCAUUGACUGCAACGACCAAGGAGCUCAUUAUGUGGAAGCCCGAGUUAACUACUCUAGUCUUGAUGAAUUUCUCAGCCGACCUGACCUUUUGCUACUACUACAUCGCUUCCUCCCUUGUGAUGUAACAAAUGCAGGUGCAAGUGUAACCAACAUUCAAGUCAAUGUGUUCAAAUGUGGCGGCAUCGCCAUCGGCCUAUGCAUCUCACACAAGAUCCUUGAUGGUGCUGCUUUGUGCACCUUUCUCAAAUCCUGGACUGCCAUUGCUCAUUCAGAUUCAGAUGAUCAUCAAACAGAAGACGCAACAACAUAUACAAGCGUAGCUUCUUCAAUAAUAGGAGGGCCCAAUUUAUUUGCUGCAACUCGUCUGUUCCCCACCAACGAUGAUUUAUGGCUUAGAGAUUCAUCAAUUCCGAUGUGGGGUUCCUUGUUCAUAAAGGACGGCAAGUCCUCAUGCGUCACAAAAAGAUUUGUAUUUGAUGCCUCAGCUAUAGCCAACCUCAAGGACAUGGCCAAUAGUUCAUCAUCAUGUGUGCAAGUACUGAAACGUGGACCCACGCGUGUUGAAGUGGUUUCAGCUUUCAUAUGGCAAUGCGCCAUGGCUGCCUCUAAACAAAAAUAUGGUUUCGAAAGGCCUUCAGUGCUGACUCACACGGUGAACUUGCGCUCAAGGAUAUUCUUAGAUGAUGCUUAUGAGGCUGCAGCAGCAUCAGAUACUGCUGCUGCUGCAGAUUUAAGUUUGGAGAAUUCUAUUGGAAACCUCCUUUGGAUUGCGGCUGCCCGAUGUCCGAUGCUAAUGCUAGAUGAGGAGGAGGAGGUGGCUAAUAAUAAUAACAAUAAUAAUAGCUCCGCUUCCGGAUCAAGAAUAUUGCAUGGGUUGGUGAGUGAGUUGAGAAAUGCGUUGUCCAAAGUUGAUGGUGGUUUUGUUAAGAAAAUGCGAUCAGGCGAGGAGGGGAAGACUCUCAUGUUGGAGUGUCUGAAGGAAAUAACUAAAACAAAAGAAGAAGAAGAAGAAGAAGAAGAAAAAGAAUACUAUGGGUUCAGUAGUUGGUGUAAGUUUGGGUUGUACGAAGCUGGUGAUUUUGGGUGGGGAAAGCCAAUCUGGAUCAGCAGCAUUGCUUCCACUGGUAAUUCCGUCUUCAUGAAUCUCAUCAUUUUGGUGGACACCAAGUUGGGUGAUGGAAUAGAAGCAUGGGUCACGUUGGACCAACAUCACAUGGCUCUUCUCCAAUCCAAUCCCCUUCUCCAAAAAUUCGUUUCAUUCGACCCCACUCCUUUACUACUCCUUUGAUAUCAUAUUAUUGUACUAUAUAUCAUUAAUCUUUAUUUUAUGCAAACAAACA